AUGAGUACAGAGGCAUUUCGUGCAUCUAUAGCCUGUUUCUCGCCGAGCGCUAACCAGUUUGCUUUUCAAGCAAAUGGCUCUCAGAAAAACUUCGUUGAUCUAUACCCAUUAGAUCCUGCUAACAAUUAUAAGGUCAACAGUUCGUUGGUCAAUCCUAUUGAUUAUGAAGCCAAUGAUCUAGAUGUUUCAGAAAUAAAGAUUUUGAGGUGGUGUAUUACGCAUGCAUCUGACGCUACAUCGAAAGUAAAGAGAAGAGGUGGAAAUGAUGCGGUUGAAGAGAUUGAAGGUUCCACGGAAGAAAGUUCCUUGAUAAAUGUGUUCCCAAAUGGCAAGAUAGUUGUAUUUUCUCCAAAUGGGCAAGAUAUCGUUAAUAUCAUCCACAAUAAAAGAGAUAUUCUUGCAGUAGACACCAUAGGUUCAUCGAUUUGGCUUUUGGAUGAUGAUAAAACGGUAAAACAUUUUAACUGCAAGUCAACUAAGCCAUUGAAAACCUUUCACUUGACAGAUGGUAAAAAUGAGGUGGUUACCAGUUUUCAAACAUUGCAGCUAAGUGGUAUAUUGCUACUAGCACUGAUCGUGGAAGAUGCGAUUUACAUUAUUGACCCUAGCAAAAGACGGCCAUCAACGCUCUGCAAGCUGAGUAUUCCGAACUGUAUCAGUUGUAAGGUUUUAGAUGAUGAUCAUAUCGUUGUUUGCAAUUCAGAGAAGAUUUACGUGGUACAGUUUAGAGAUCAAACCAUCACGCAAGAAUGGAAAUUCUCCGCAGAGAGGAUUGCUGUGCUCGAUGGCAAAAUCGUUGCAUUAGGUUCCAACGGAGGUUUGGUGUUAUUCAAGCUUAAUUUCCCAGAAGCAUUAUGCACUAUCAGAGUACAAAAAGCUGCGAUUAUUGAUUACAAAGAGACCCAUGACCUGAAUUUGAUCAUCGCAUGGUUAAAUGUUAACGAACCGAAAUUUGAAAUCAUCACUCCUGAACAGCUAUCUAACAAUAGCGGAAUCAUACUAAAUCAAUCAAAUAAAACUGCCACAACAACUGCUACCGACACUACUGUACCUAUUGAGCCGUCUGAAACCAAUGAAGCGAACAAAAGUGCCAUAAAGGUCACUAAAUCCGAACAAAAUGAGCUAAGUCAGAGUCUGAUAGACGCAUUGGUCAAUGAUUCCGACGAACAUACUAUUAUAGACAUCUUGUCAUCUGAAAAAUGGACGGAAUCAAGAAUAAAAGAUUUCAUACGCACUCAAUUAUCCUCCGAGUGGUGCAACAAGAUAUUUGGUAUCGUUUGCUCUCAACUGAAACACGAUGUUUGGUCUUCAAACAAGGCUCUUCUAUUAAUGCUCAAAUGGCUUCUAACCUUGCGUUCAUCAGAAAUUGACGCCUUGCAAACCAACAACGACAAAAGCAUAAAAAAAACUAGAGCCGCACUAAAAAGCUGUAGUGACACCUUUCCAAUCCUAUUAUCGAUCCAAGGCGCCUUGGAGAUGUUAAAAGCACAAGCAAAGCUAAGACAAGAUCUAACACACUUAUCUCUGGAGGAAGAAGACCCCAAAGAAGGCGAAAAUGAAACCGAUAUCAUUUAUGAAAACGGUGAGGCUGGAGAUUUUGUUGAUGCAUUAGAUAGAAUAUAA